UAGUAUGUUUGGACUACCGCCAUUUGGCAACACUGGCGCUGCAUUAGCGGCAAAAAAAUUAAUUUUUUGCCAUUUACGUAGGCGUAAAGUUCUGUCGCACAACAAUUUCAAAGCUCGCCCAGCUGGGUUUGCAGAGCGGCGGCGGAAAAAGAGAAAACAAACCAAAAGACACGGCAAAUCAGUCUAGUCAACAAAGCAGACCAAAUGAGCACGCACUUCGAGACUAACGAGCAGCACAAACUAAGCCAAAAAUAAAGCUAAAGAUAAAAGUGAUAGAAGGCAAGAAGAAACAGCAGCACUCACACACUCGCACAUACCCACAUACACUGAGAAAAAUAGCCGGCAGGAUGCGGGUAGUGGCCAUGGUCAGUGGCGGCAAGGACAGCUGCUAUAACAUGAUGCAGUGCGUCGCCGAGGGCCACGAAAUCGUCGCCCUGGCCAAUCUGCAUCCCAAGGACAGAGACGAACUGGACAGCUUUAUGUACCAGACCGUCGGCCACAUGGGCAUCGAGAUUCUGGCCAGCGCCAUGGGAUUGCCGCUCUACCGGCGCGAAACCAAGGGCAAGAGCACCCAGACCGGCAAGCAAUACGUGCCCACCGAUGACGACGAGGUCGAGGAUCUAUAUAGUCUGCUGGAGACAUGCAAGCACGAGCUUCAGGUGGAUGCGGUGGCCGUGGGCGCAAUCCUGUCGGACUAUCAACGUGUGCGGGUGGAGAACGUGUGCAGCCGCCUGAACCUGAUAUCCCUGGCCUACCUUUGGAGGAGAGAUCAGACUGAAUUGCUGCAGGAGAUGAUCGACUGCCAGGUGCACGCCAUCAUCAUUAAGGUGGCUGCCCUGGGCCUCGUGCCGGAUCGUCACCUGGGCAAAUCGCUGCGCGAGAUGCAGCCGCACCUGCUGAAGAUGCGCGACAAGUACGGACUGAAUGUGUGCGGCGAGGGUGGCGAGUACGAGACGUUCACCCUGGACUGCCCGCUCUUCCGGCAGCGGAUCGUGGUCGAGGACAUCCAGACGAUCAUCAGCAGCGCCGAUCCCAUCUGCCCGGUGGGCUACAUCAAUUUUACCAAGCUAACGCUGCAGCCAAAGGAGGCGGCGGGCGCGGCCAGCAGUGGCGGCGGCGAGGUUGUGUUCGUUAAGCGUUCGCUCGACUAUAUUAGCGACCUGAACGAAUCGACGUACAGUGACCUCAGCGAUCCGGACUUCAGCGAAACGGAGCUGGAGCUGAUCGAGAAGGAGACACGGCUGCGCGAAUCGCUUAGCCAGAGCGAGCUGAUCUCGCGCAGCAACUCCUUUGGCCGCCAUCUGGCCGCCACCGCCUCCUCGCCGAUACCCAUUGUCACGAAGAGCGCCAGCGUCGACGAGCCCACAGCGGCGGCGCCUGUGCUGGGCGGAGGACCGGCAACCUGUUCCACCUCAGCCUGUGCGUCCAUGCUGCUGACCACCACCGCCGACGGCCUGAGCAGCCUGGCCAGCUCGCAGAGCCAGGGCGGUGGCUAUGGGCUCGGCAGCAGCACGGCCGCCGUGUGCGGCUCGCUGUCGCUGGCCAUCUCCUCGCUUGGGCUCAGCGCCAAUACCUGCUGUCUUCCGGGCGGAGCUGGAGGAGGAGGAGGAGGAAUAGGAGUAGGCAUGGGAGCACCUUCGGCCACCACACAGCCGCCCAGUCCGCUGAAGUACGAGCGGGAAUUCCGUCCACUGGCCAACGAGGCCAGAGCGGCCAUCAAUGCCAAGGGCUGGAUGUGGCUGGCGGGCAUACAGGGCUCCGGAUCGGAAGACAUGGAGCAGAGCAUGCAGCAGGCCCUGGACACGCUGCGCGAUCUGUGCCAGGCCAAGGGCUACGACCUGCAGGAUCUAUGCUACGUCACGCUCUACGUACGCUCGAUUGGCGAGUAUCCUGCGCUGAAUCGGAUAUAUCACCGGGCCUUCGACUUCCACAAUCCGCCGACGCGCGUCUGCGUCGAGUGUCCGCUGCCCGACGGUUGCCAUGUGGUGAUGGAGGCCAUUGCCUACCGCCAGCCGGUGGCUGGGUCGAUAUCCAGUGCCGAGGAGCGGGAUCGCGAGGGCGAGGAGACGGCGGCGGCGCUGCUCAACGGGCGCCGGAACACGAUGCAUGUGCAGGGCAUUUCGCACUGGGCGCCGGCCAACAUUGGUCCAUAUAGCCAGUCAACCAGGAUUGGCGACAUUACGUAUAUCUCCGGCCAGAUCGCCCUGGUACCCGGCAGCAUGACAAUCAUCGAGGGCGGCAUCCGUCCGCAGUGCAAGUUGACGUUGCGGCACAUCAGUCGCAUUGCCAAGGCGAUGAACGCCCACGGCCAGCUGCGAGAUGUGGUGCACGGCAUCUGCUUUGUGACCCAUCCGGCCUUCAUCGGCGAGGCGCGUCGCCAGUGGGAGCGUCGCACCACCAACGCCAUCAUGGACUACAUAGUGCUGCCGGCGCUGCCCCGAGAGGCACUCGUGGAAUGGCAGGUGUGGGCGCACACCCACAACGAUCGGUUCGAUUAUGAGGAGACUGGCUGUUCGGUGGGUGACUACACGAUCUCCAUACGACGUCGCUGGAAUUACGAGAAUAACUGUGCGGCUAUCGUCUGCUACGUGUCUACUGGCCUGGCCUCGUCCACCACUCAAUUGACCCAGCUAAGCGACGACAUCCUGGGCAACCACUGCCGUCUGGCGCAAUCGGUUAGCGCCGAGCACCUGGACGAGAUCCUUACGUAUGUGGUAAACCGUCUGCUAAAGGACUAUCCGCUGGCCAAGAAGCAUGCGCAGCAGCCGGCAAAUUCGGGAACGCCACCUGCCACACCUACGCAACCGGGCGGCGCUGGCGGAGAUCAGCACCAGUCUCUGCCGGCGAUCCACCUGAAACUGUUCUACCAGGUGAAUGCCGCACCGGCAACGGAUCUGUUGCUCCAGGCGCUACAUGACUUCCGGCUCAAGUGCCAGGAUACGGCCGCCAUCGUCUACACAGUGCUGCCCGCCUGCAGUCUGCACAACUUCAGUACGUUCCUGUCCAUUUGCGGGGUGAGGCAUGAGUAGGAGCAGGGAGUUGAAGAAUGAUGGGGAGGAGAACGAUGAAACAAUUUGCUGCCACCGCACCAAGCAGAACACAGAAUAUAUAUAUAUACACCACUAUAUAUACACAGAUAUAUGGAAAAUGGUUGGGUCUCUAUUUGGUUUGACACAAAAUAGCAUUGGAAGAAAGUAAUCUUUGGAUAAUUCCAAGCCAGUUGGCCUUUAAAACUGUGGGUCUAGGGUCAGCCAAUAUAAUAAAUCCCCAGUCCUUUUCUGACUUCUAAAGUUAUUAAGCAUAAAAGAGCUAUACUUUGUCAUUGUAAAUGGAAAAAGUAAAAUUGAAAAAUAAUUACAAGCUAAUUGUUUUUUAAGCUUCAGCUCUUGUGAAUUUAAAUGAUAGCAAUUAAUGGAAGGCCAAAUAAAUGCCAACAUUAUCCUUAGAUUACUUUGUAGUCCCACAAGUAUAAGUUUGCAAAAUAAUUUACAUCAACCCAACUAAAUGUAAAAGCAGCUUGCCCUUUGUUGAUAUUGUUAACUAGCAGACGAUCCUAAGAUCUGUAAGAAACCAUAGAGCCUGCAUGCUGUAUCCAUAGAUUAGCUCACUUCGUGUCGCAGUUUCGGACCAAACUCUCACAUUUAAAAAAAACUUCCCCAAAACGGAUCUAUGCAACUCAAGUGUUUCAGCAACUAGCGAAGGAAAACCAAGCAUACAAAUUCAAUUUAAAGCAACUUUAUAUAUUAUAUACGAAAGCAAACCAUUUUUGUGCACUCUAUUGCCCAAAAAAACAAAACAACAAACACUGUAACUAUACUCUUAUACAACUAUUAACUAUUAAUCGUUUUUCGAUGUGCUUUUCUUUACGCUCCAAUUUUUAUAUAUAUAUAUAUGUACAUCUCAGCGAUUUUUGUUCAUUUUCUAAUAGCCACAAACUUUUGACCAACAAAAAAAACACUAAAAAAACGACAGCACUGUAAAGCAAAUGGGUUUUAUAUGUCGUAAAGCUUUAAAUAUUAUGGAAGCAAAUGAUGUGGCCCAUUCUUCGACCACGUCACAUCAUUUUCAUUAACGAUAAUCCGAAUGUAGCAAAUUCGCCAUAGGGAACUUAGUUUUUAUCUUUUUUUAUAUAGAUAUCGAAAUUACCGAAUAGAGAUUAUUGAAUGUGUUGCUUAAAGUACAACUUGUCCAUAGUUUUUCCUGCACAAUCUGCGACAGCAAAUAAAAAAACAAAAAAAAAACAUUAAAACUAUUUUGGUUAAAUUCCAAACCAAAAUGUGGUCAAUAUAUAAUUUGUAAUGUAAAGUACGAUACAAUAUCGAUGGGGACGCUGAACGGGAGAAUGAUAAAAACAAGAUUAUUACAUGCUACUAUGUAUUGUUAUGAAAAUAUAUUGAUAUUGAUUGUCAUUACAAAAGUCGAAAAAAAAAUGAAAGAAA